AUGAAUGGAGGGAAUGAAAAUCGGUUAGAGUGGGGAAGAAAGAAGAGCGAGGGGGCCGGGGACAACGAGGAAAAUCUGAGAGUCUUGCUCUGGGCCAGCCAAUUAUGGGACAAAAGAAAAUACAACCUCAAAAUCAGAGACACAUAAAAAUAGAGAGAGUUGUGAAAUAGCUCUGUCUCUUGGGUCCUCCACCUCCACCUCCACCUCCACCUCCAAUACGGUGUCAACCCAACAACAAGGGAGGUGCAGGGCUGUGUCUCUGUUUGCUUUGGCUGCUUCUUCUUCUUCUUCCUCUUCAUCCUCUCUCUUUAGGUACCUGUCUUCAUAAAGUACAUAUGCUUUGCAAGUUCAUCUCAUAUGACAAGAAUAUUCAAUUUUAUUGAAUAAAAUUUAAGUAGUCAUAAUGGGUGGGUGUGUAUCAACACCAGCUAGAGGACCUAAACCACGGAGGAAAUACCGUCAUCGGUUUGGAAAACGCCAUGGAAAGAUUAGCACUUCCAUCACAGAUGGAAUCAAGAAAAGGAAUAGUGAUGCAGGACCACAUGUAACAGAUUUUGCUGUUAGUGAGUUUGUUCAUAUGGACUUUGACAAGGGUGCAACAACCACAUGCAGGAGAUCUGAGGUUUCUAAUUCAACAUUCCAUCUCACCCAGUUGCAAUGGUACCAUAGUCCAAUUGAUGCUAAUGUGAUUUGCCCAGAGGAAGCUUGGUUUGACACUGUCAGUAUUCUGGAUUCUGAAUCGGAUGAUGAAUUCACCAGUGUGCAUGGAGACUUUCUUCCCCUAGUAGGUAACGCAAUUGGGAACGGCUCAAGUGGUCAAGUGCUUCAGUAUGAAACUUCAUCAUGCAUUGUGGAUAAUGGGGGUAAAUAUGAAGAAUACCAUGAAAGGAUUUUGAAAGCAGAUGGAGGUAUAUCUGAGAAGUUUUUAAGCAAAGAUGAAUACAAGGAAGCAAGUGGAUUUUCAGUUAUAAGUGCCCAGGGUUAUGAGCUUUCGUGCUUAGGGAAGACUGAUGAAGUUAGCACUAAGAAGAAGAAAAUGUUAGACCAUUCUUAUGAAAGCUUUAAUAGUAGUCUAAAAGAGGCUAGGCGUGAUUCUGUGGACAGAACUCUAGAUAACACCUUGAUGCCUGGCUUGCCUCUGUUGGUUCCUAAUGUUAGUUUCAAUGACAAGAUUUUUAAUCAACCAUGUGCAAGUCCACAAUCUCAAAGAAGGACUUCAACAGUUAUCAGGUUUUCUUUCAAGAGGAAAUCGUGUGAUGGAGAAGAAAAGACUGAAUAUUGUGCAUCAAAAAGAUUCUUGUAUCGUCCCAGGUCAGGGCUUCGGAUCCCAUUUUGUUCGGGAGAGAAGCAAAGUCCAGGAUGCUGGUGUGAGGUUUCACCCUCAGUUUUUAAGCUCCGUGGAGUGACCUAUUUCAAAGAUAAGCGGAAGGCCCCCGCUUCAAGUCAUAGUCCUUAUAUCCCAGUUGGUGUUGAUUUAUUUAUGUGCUCAAGAAAGAUAAAUCACAUUGCCCAACACCUUGAGCUGCCUAAUGUGAAAGCAGAGGGGAAGGUUCCUUCACUCCUCAUCGUUAAUAUCCAGUUGCCUACAUAUCCUGCUGCUAUGUUCAGUGGUGACAGUGAUGGGGAAGGGAUGAGCCUCAUACUAUACUUCAAAGUUUCUGAGACUUUUGACAAAGACAUCUCUCCGCAUUUUCAGGACAGCAUCAAGAGACUGAUUGAGGAUGAGAUGGAAAAGGUGAAAGGUUUUGCAAAAGAAUCCAUGGUUCCUUUUAGAGAAAGGCUAAAGAUCAUGGCUGGGGUGGUUAAUCCUGAGGAACUUCACUUGAAUUCUACCGAAAAGAAGCUCUUACAGGCUUACAAUGAAAAGCCUGUCCUCUCACGUCCUCAGCACAAUUUCUACAGGGGACCCAAUUACUUUGAGAUUGACCUGGACAUUCAUCGGUUCAGCUUUAUAGCAAGGAAGGGGCUUGAAGCCUUUAGAGAACGUUUGAAAAAUGGAAUCGUUGAUCUGGGUUUAACCAUCCAGGCACAGAAACCAGAAGAACUGCCAGAGCAAAUGCUGUGCUGUGUGAGAUUAAACAAGAUAGACUUCAUUGAUCACGGCCAAAUACCCACAAUUGUGACACUUGAUGAUGAUUUUUGAGUGUUAAGAUGUGGACUCCUAAACUAUUAUACCAGUUUUAUAUUGACACUGAUUAUGGAGGAUCAAGGUGUCCCUUAUGUACACAAUUUUCCAACUCUCUGCAGUUCCUGCCUUGUGUAAAUCGAAGGAAAAUGAAUGUUUUCUGCAGUAACAUAAAUAAAAGCGGUCUUUUCAUUUUGAUACA